GGAAGAGCAUUGCUAUCAUCAUGCAGUCUUCUGGUUUUGGUGUUUUUGGAGGGCAGGAUAGCCAAAGUGCAAAUCCCUUUGGAUCUCAAUCUCAACCAGGAUCUAUAUUUGGUAAUUUUGCUGGACAAGUGACUGAGUCUACCCCUGUGUUUGGCAGUCAAGAGACUCAGUCAGGACCUCUCUUUGGGGGUCAAGCAACACGGAUAGGUUCUGUUUUUGGUGGUCAGGCUACCCAAGCAACAUCUGCAUUUGGUGGACAGGGGAUUUCAUCAGCUCCAAUCUUUGGUGGUCAAGGAAUGCAAUCUAUGUUUGGAUCUUCCGGUGAUGACCAAGGCAUGCAAAUAACGUCUACAUCUACUGGUCAAGGAGCCCAAACUGGCACUUCUAUUUUUGGUGGACAAGGAACACAAACUGGCACUAAUAUUUUUGGUGGACAAGGAACCCAGACUGGCACUAAUAUUUUUGGUGGACAAAGAACACAAACUGGCACUAAUAUUUUUGGUGGACAAAGAACACAAACUGGCACUAAUAUUUUUGGUGGACAAGGAACCCAGACUGGCACUAAUAUUUUUGGUGGACAAGGAACCCAGACUGGCACUUCUAUUUUUGGUGGACAAGGAACACAAACUGGCACUUCUAUUUUUGGUGGACAAGGAACACAGACUGGCACUUCUAUUUUUGGUGGACAAGGAACACAAACUGGCACUUCUUAUUUUUGGUGGACAAGGAACCCAGACUGUCACUAAUAUUUUUGGUGGACAAGGAACCCAGACUGGCACUUCUAUUUUUGGUGGACAAGGAACACAAACUGGCACUUCUAUUUUUGGUGGACAAGGAACCCAGACUGGCACUUCUAUUUUUGGUGGACAAGGAACACAAACUGGCACUUCUAUUUUUGGUGGACAAGGAACACAAACUGGCACUUCUAUUUUUGGUGGACAAGGAACACAAACUGGCACUAAUAUUUUUGGAGGACAAGGAACCCAGACUGGCCCUACUAAUUUUGGUGGACAAGGAACACAAACUGGAAAUUCUUUUUUUGGUGGACAAGGAACACAAACUGGCAAUUCUAUUUUUGGUGGUCAUGAAGCGAAAAUUGAUGGUCAGGACAUGCAAACAAUAUCAUCGACAGCUGAAGUUCAGGGAGCUGGUACAUCUUUAUUUGGUGGACAAGGAACUCAGACCAGUAGAAUUGUCUUUGAUGGUCAAGGGACCAAAACUGGAUCCGUCUUUAGUGGCUUAGGAACUCAGACCAGUACUUCUAUCUUUGGUGGACAAGGAACUCAGGGUAAUACUUCUAUCUUUGGUGGACAAGGAACCCAAACUGUCUCUAUUUUUGGGGGACAAGGAAUUCAGACUGGACCAUCCUUUACUGGUCAAAGAACCACAACCGGAUCUACAUUUGGUGGUAAAACGUUUCAUACAGGACCUUCAUUUGGGGCUCAGGGGAUGCAAAGUGGUUCUUCUGGUUUUGGUGGGCAAGGAACACUAUCAGGUUUUGGGAGUCAAGAGAUGCCACCAGAAUCUAGUUUAGGGGGGCAGGCAAUUCUAGGAACUGCUCAAACAGCUUCUAUAUUUGGUGGUCAAGCCGAACAAGUCAGUUUCACUUCUAAACCGGGCAAUGACAGAGCAAUCAAUUCUGGGACUUGUUUUGGAUCUGCCACAACUACUGCUUCUUUCUUCAACCCGCCAAACCCAUCUGUCUUUUCAGAAACAUCUUCAUCCAAAACACUCUUUGGGGGAAAGUUAAAAACUAAUACUAAUAAAUUAAAUGAUCAGUCAGGGAUUGGAGUGGAAGAAAGGGAAGGAACUACACAAUCAAAAAGUGGACUCCUUUGGGCUUCAGGAAAUGAGGCAUCUAAGUUAAGCUCUUCACAAAGUAUUAGUUCUUCUCAGCUACGAUCACCUAUUUUCCGUAUGUCAAACUCAGGUGGACAUGGUUCUCAAAAUACACAAGAAAACACCAAUAGCUCUGACCAGCAGAAAACUUUGUUAUCAUCCUCCAGAAAAAGGACAUCAAGUGUAUCAUCUGCUAACAGUACUUACUCUGAAAAAUCAGCAAUGAACACUUCUUCUGGUGCUUUCCCUGGGUCUAAUGCCAUGUCUUUAUUUUCAGUACCGGUAAAACAAACUAGUGCUCCUGAAGCAACAGGGCAAUCUGCAAGCCAGUUAAGUCCUAACACGGGUUCUUGGCAAAACCAACAUUUUUCAGCAUCUUUUGGUCAACCUAAACAAUUUGACAAUUUACAGAGUAGCAAAUCAUUGUUUGGGAAAACUCAAGAGAACACUGCAAAAGAAACAGUCCAAUUUUCAAGGCAGACACAGGGAUCAAUGUUUCCUGUUACUCAAUCUUCAAAUGAAAUUGUGGAAUUGGGAAAACAUUCUUCCACCAGCUCUGCAAAUCUUCAGGGUCCAAAAUUGUUUGGGCAUGUACCUCAGGCUCCCGCCCUUUCUGAAAUCGACUCUUCACUAUUUGGAAAAUCUCAGACGUCAUCAAGGCUUAGCCGGACGGCAUCCAGUUUCAAUCUGAUGCAGCAUGCAGAGAGAGAAGCCAAUGACAGUAAGUUAAAAAAAAUGCUUUAAUGGCACAUUUUUAAGUGCUAUCGGAAAGGAAAGCAGUCAUGGAAAAUGUAAUUUUUUAUUUUAUUCUUGAUAUUCGUCCCAUAUAAAGAACUGUCCCAAUAAAAUGGUAGCCCAACUAGUACUAUGUAUCUUGUUACUUAAAAAGUAAUACAUUUUGAUGUUUUUUUCCAUUAUUUACAAGAAACUGCCAAGGAUCAGGUCAGGUCCGCUAACAUUUUCCAAAAUGAUCUGUUUCUGAUAAGUGAUGUAUGCAUAUAGCUUAUCUGACCAUGAAGUUGAUGAAAAUUUAGGGGCUUUUCUGCUGCAUCUAAAAUUUUAUCAUUUCACGUUAUUGUAAUCUUGCUACUAGGUUAAAUUAAAUGUUUAAUUUUGAAAUUGAAGUGGAGAAACACUGGACAAUAAUUCUUUUUCAAUCAUAUUUCAUUGUCAGGAGAUAAAAGGGCCUGAAAUAUGCAGUUUUAGUAUGAAACAAAACUUAAGCAUUUAAUGUUUUUUAUAACUGAAUUUUCUUUUGUUGCUAGCACAUGAAGAAUUUCAAGAAAGAACUUCAGGCAACCAAGACCAGAACAGUGAGGAUAAUCAUUUUAAAUUAUUGCUCUUGACAAAAUAAUUGGAAAAUACCAUUUUUAUUAUUAGUUUACUUUUCUUUAAUUUUAAAGCCAUAAUGCAUAUAAAUUUAUUUAGAUUUUUUUUGGUAACAUAAUUUAUGUACUUGCAUUGUCCUAAAUUGUCCUUGUUAUCUUAACAAGAAAAACUCCAGCUCCUAACACUUAAAUUUAUGUUCAAGUCAAAAGCCCACCCCGCCAAUCCCUAACCAAAUGGAAUAAAGCAAGAGACAAUGCUCCUCAAGAGGAUCAUAGGAAAAGGAGUCAACCAUCUUCAACUCAAGAAACAGAAUUGAGUAAGGGAUUGAUGUAUUUAAAAAAAAAAAUAUUUGAAGGGAUAUUUUUAACCUGCUUAGACUGCAGCACUUGUUUCAAUUCUAUGCAAAAAUUAUCUUCUUUUUUUUUUAAUGUUAAUAAUGGAUGGUGUUUGUAUCCCCUGUUUGUGUUUGUUUGUGCUAAUGUAUAGUAACAAUUAGUAUACCAGAAUAUCAUGGUAAUUAACCUCUUUAUAGUCUUGAAUGCUUCUGCAUGCUCAUGCUCCAAUGCAUUUACUCAAAUUUAUUUACAGGACAGUCAAAAAGAUCUCGCUUCCCCGGAGGUCAAGGUAAGUUCAUUAUCAUUUCUUUAUGUAGCAGCUUUGACUUUACAGUAUUAAAAAUUUUGUAAAUACGUCCUGAAAUUAGUUUCACUUUAUUGCUCAUUAAUGAAAAAGAAAUGGUUUCUUUAGGUAAAUAGUGAAUGGAAAUUAUGGUAUAAUUUGAAAACAAUUGGAAUGACCAACAUGAAAUCUAUCCAGUGGCAUCACUAGAAGGGUGCGGGGGAUGCGAACCACACUGGGUGACACCCUCUCAAAGAGGUGACACCCUCUCAAAGAGGUGACACCCUCUCAAAGAGGUGACACCAAAUGGAAAAUUGAAAAAAAAAUCAACAGAGCUUGCUUGAGUCAGUUUCAUAACAUGCUUAAGUUAAAUACUAGAGCAGGGCCCCACCAGAGUGUGUGCCACCAGACUCUGUGACAACAGACUAUGUGCCACCAGACUCUGUGCCAUCUGACUCUGUGCCACCAGACUCUGUGUCACCUGACUCUGUGACACCAGACUAUGUGCCACCACACUCUGCGCCACCAGACUCUGUGCCAUCUGACUCUGUGCCACCAGACUCUGUGUCACCUGACUCUGUGUCACCUGACUCUGUGCCACCAGACGCUGUGCCACCAGACUCUGUGCCAUCUGACUCUGUGCCACCAGACUCUGUGUCACUAGACUCUGUGCCACCACACUCUGCGCCACCAGACUCUGUGCCAUCUGACUCUGUGCCACCAGACUCUGUGCCACCUGACUCUGUGUCACCUGACUCUGUGCCACCAGACGCUGUGCCACCAGACUCUGUGCCAUCUGACUCUGUGCCACCAGACUCUGUGUCACCUGACUCUGUGACACCAGACUCUGUGCCACCAGACUCUGCACCACCAGACUCUGUGCCACCUGACUCCUGUGCCACAUGACUCUGUGCCACCUGACUCUGUGACAACAGACUAUGUGCCACCAGACUCUGUGCCAUCUGACUCUGUGCCACCAGACUCUGUGUCACCUGACUCUGUGACACCAGACUAUGUGCCACCAGACUCUGCGCCACCAGACUCUGUGCCACCUGACUCUGUGCCACCGACUCUGUGCCACCUGACUCCUGUGCCACCUGACUCUGUGCCACCUGACUCUGUGCCACCUGCCUCUGUGCCACCAGACUUUGUGCCACCUGACUCUGUAUCACCUGACUCUGUGCCACCAGCAAUGAGUGCCACAAGCAAAGAGUGCCACAAGAGUGUCAAGUGAGUUUUUCUAUUAAAUCGGCGGCUUAAGUUUGUGAAGCCCAACGCUAGUCAUGAUUUAGUGGCGGUCUCUUCAGAAGCACAUAAACAUUAAACUCGUAUGUCAGUUGGCUUUAUUUAUUGUUUUUUUAAAUUAACUGCUAUUUCAUGUCUCUGUAUUGUUUACAAAAAUUGUCAAUGUUGUAUAUUUUCAAAUUUUGGCACAAGGCUCAAGGGUCCCCAGCCCAUGCUUACUCAUUGAAAACACUGAGAUAACCAUCAUCUCCAUUCUUGGUUGUGCCUAGGGCCUCACCCGACAAUGUUUUUAUAUAAAAAUGUAAAAUAUCACAAGAUAUUAGCAGUGGCUAUCCCCUUAGGCAUCACCAUCAAUAUGGGGCCAUAAAUAUAAAACUUAGACAAUUAAAGUUAAAAACUGUAUGAUGACUUAUCUGAAAGUGAACUUUUCAUUGAAAUAUCAAGGCUGGGAAGGCACAAAUAAAAAUAUUGGUCAUAUUUAGAGUUUGAAAUUUAUAGCUGAAUGGGACUUCCUAGAGUCUCUUCCAACCUACCAUUUAGAGCACAAUCUGUGUGUAUGAGACUUCAUAUGAGACUUCAUAUGAGAGGAGUGUUUCAAAAUUUAAACUUAUCAAGAACUGUUUGCCAUCUACCAUGGAACAGUCAAAGCUUUCUGGUCUUGUUAUUUUGUAAAUUGAAAGUGAUUAUUAAGAAUGAUUAUUUUUGAAGUGAUUGACAGGUUUGCAUUCUAAUAGACCAGUAAGGUAAAAAUUUUAACUUCAAAUAUUAAUGUUUCAAUUAAAAUUAAUUUUGAUGCAAUUUUUAAAUGCUGUUACCUCAAAUUCUAUGUUUUCUUUUUUAUGUGUUUUGUUGCUUAAGGACUUAAUUUAAAAACAAUACUUUAAGGCAGGCCUGCACAACAUACGGUCCACAGGCCGCAUGUGGCCCUCCAGCACCCACUUGGUGACCUGCGAACUAACGAAAUAUACUUUAUUUUUAUUAUUUUCUCAAUAGCUUUCCCAUCUGUCCUAUUUUCUUUUGGCCUGCACAAGUCCUGUCCUAUUUCAUUUUGAGUUGUGCCACCAGACUGCUUUAAGGGAUUCUGUAGGAUCUAGUUAAAAUUUAAUCUGUUUCUCAGCAGAGAGUGCAUCAUCGCCACCUGCUCGUCCAAGAUUGUUAUCUGCACGCAGAUCUACUGAGGAUUUGAGCUCAAAGACCAUAAUAGUUGUUAAGGAGAUUCCAGCUCACCUCAAUAAACAAACCACACUGCGAAAUCAUUUUUCUCAAUUUGGGAAUAUCCUUCGUCUUCAUAUUUUAGCCAAUAAACGAUCAGCUAAUAUCACAUUUGAAACACAUGUAAGUUUCACAAAUACAUUUUUUCAAUUUAUCUGCUUCAGUGCUUAUUUCUUUUAGUUGUCUUCAUAACCAUAUGUUUACAUACUUGGCCUGCAUCUAUAGAACAGUAUCUCCAUAGCCAUUUGUUAACAUACUUGGCUUCCAAAUAUGGAACAUUGUCAAUAGAAUUUCAUAGGGAAGUUUUGUUAAGGUGUCAUUAAAUUUUUAUUUUUUUUAUAAAUUGGUAUAGUGUAGUUGCAAGUAUACAAUUAAUUGGUUCCAUGAGGCAUGAGUUUGUUAUCUUCAUUCUAUGUACACAGGAACAAGCUCAGAAUGCAAAAAAUGAAGGGAAACAUUUGUCUAAAAAUGGCCCACCGCUGAGUAUAUUUUGGAGAGCAGCAUCAGUGAAGUCCCCUGAGAGCCGAAAAUCUUCAGAAAGUAAGUUAGAAUUAGGGACUUCAAUAAGAAACAAAACAGAUGUCAGGCAGAUACAUUUAUAAAGCUUAAAGAUAAAAAACAAAAAUUUGAUCUUUUUUUUUUACUGUAGAUACUCAGUCUAAAGCUUGUGGGUUCAUAAGCUGACCCUGCUAGUUGUGCACAGGAAAAACCCGAAUAGUGUAUAACCUGCUCAUAAGCUGACCCCAUAAAAUAAUAUGCCAGUGUGAGCUGAUACGGUACCAAAGAAUAUCUAGGAUGAGCUAUGGAGGCCAGCUUUACAUAUGUUGCGAUCAUCUUAUAUUAUAUAAUUUUCAUUAUGUUGAGCAAAUAGAGCACAUCUACUUUCGGUAUCCUUGUUUUAUAAAUAUUUAAAACUUCUGUAACAUUUUUGAAAUCUUUUAGCACCUCAGUGAUGUACAAUAAUUUCACUAUUUAAUGUACCUGCAGAAAAUGAUACAAAUUUCAUAUGACCUGCUCUUAAGACGACCACCCCACUUAUUCCCCUGAAAUAUUUCCCAAGAAAGUCUGCUUUAGAACAAAUCAUACAAUAAUUUGUUCAACUCAAAAACAAAUCUGGCUUUACAAUAUAUAUUGUGAUGUAAUGAAAUAAUGAUCUAUUCUGUGUUAAGCCCUUAAUCAAAUAAUGCAGAAAUACAUUUAACUUUUACAGUAGGUUUCUGGAUCUAAUGUUAUAAGUUUAAUUAAAAAAAAUAAAUAUGAUCAAUUUGGAAAAAAAAUCUCUGAGACCAUAUUUGGACAUGCUUUUAUUUUUUAACAGAAUAGGUGUAAUUUUAAUUUGCAUCAUCCCACCACUUUUAUCAGAAACAUUCAAGUUUGAAACAUCAUCAAAUAACAUAUUUCCCAUCAUAUGUCUAAUGCUAAGAGAGUCAACCUUUGAAAAUUUAUUACAUUUUCAGAAUAUAUAGUUAUAUCCCCUUUAAAAUUCGUAGCUUUAAUUAUUUAAACAUUUCUUUACAGGUGAAAAUGACUACCGGUAGUGGCAUCAUAAGUUUAAUAUGACAAUUUCUUUGAUAUCACAGCAUAUUUUAAAUAAAAGACUUAAUGAAAAAUGGAUGGUGAGAAGAUAACUGUAUAUUUCUUUUGUGUAUACAAGAAAUGCCAUGAAUACAAAUUUCCAUUCCAUAGAAUCCUCAAGUUACAAUUAAUUAAUAGCGUUUGUGGAUCUCCAGAAGGUCUCUAGUUUAUAAACCACUGGAAUAAGUGUUUAUACUUUAUCUAAAAUGUCCAUUUUGCUUACAGGUCUCUCAAGGAAAAGAAAUCUUUUCAGUAGCAUUGUAGAUGAUGAAUUAGCAAGUAUGGCUGGAACGUCUGACUAUCAGGUAGUUGAAACAUCUUUUCAUAGGAGGUUGAUAUAGUUUCUGCACCAGUCAAGGGAUGCUAUAAGUAUUGAUGCCUCAUAGUUCUAUAAAAAAUCCAAGAUAUUUUAUGUUGUUAUGGUGAAUAUUAUUUAACCAAAAUCUUUAUUAUUUGCUUUGAAUUGACAGUCAGACAAAAUGUUUGCCUUGAAAUAAAAUGUAGUUUAAGUAUUUUUAUUUCAAAUUCGAAAGUCUUUAACAAUACCUUUCAGGAGGAGAUGGCUGGCACGUCUGCUCAGGACAAACCCAGAAUAUCUCGACCAGGAAAGGAGACCCAGAAGCCACCUACUUCUCGUAGACACUCUCCCACCCCUCCGCCCACGUCAUCAGCAACAUCAGUCAGUCAUUCUGCAGCACCUGAUUUAGAAGUUGCAAAAGGUAAAUACAUUUAUUUCAUUGUUAUAUUUUUUUUUCUUUCUUAAAAAUUUUUCUAAAGGUGGCUUGUUCAUUCUUUGUUCAUUUUUUGUUUUUAAAUAUGUCACUGCAUUUGAAUCACAACAUGUUACACAAUGCAUUUCAUACAACAUGUUUUCAGCAAAGUAAUAACAUUUAAUUUUUUUUUUCAUUUUAGAAAUGCUCAAGAAGAUCUUUAGGGCAAAAGCAAAAGAUACCACAGAAAAAAUUGCUAUACUUGAUGCCAAAGACAAGUUCCUUAAAAUAUGUAAAUAUUCUUUCUAUCAGAACAUCAUAUGUUUUUACUAUUUGAUUAACAUUUUUUGUUGCUGUGAUGAUAUUUUUCUAUUACAUCAAUGAUUAUAUAUCAGAAAUAAGAAAAAUGGUAAAUGCUUACAACAUAUAUUAAUGUGGAGCUAAUUAUUUUGUUGUAAGUAAAGUUAACUUUCGACUGAAAUUUAAUCUUUGAGAGAGACUCCUACACAAAAUAUGACUCUAGAUAAUUAUAAUUAAAUUACAUCAUUGAUGUAAAAUGAUAAAAACAAUAAUUGAUCUGUUUGGGCAUCUGUGUUUAAGUAAGGGGCAGACAACAAUCUGACCUGGCUUCAGCGAAAGCCUUCCUCGGGACCUGUCCUGACAUGUGUCCUGAGAAGGAGAGAUACUACAGAGAAGACAUCAGAAGGCUGGCAUUGUAUGAAGUUAUCCCAAGCACAUUGACAAGUGUGGUAAGCUUGGUUUUAUUUACAUAUAGACACAUUACUCGACCGCCAUUUAUCUUCUAAACACCGUUAUUCAUUUUUAAUCACCUGGCAUCUGGCACAGUUUAAUUAAAUAUUAAAUUUUAAUUAAAAUAGCCUUUUAUCAUGAAACUUGGCAUUUUCCUGCAUUAUAAAAUUUUAUUUUCAAAUUAACUUAGAUUUAAAGUAUAACAAGAAAAUUACCCUCUGCAUUAAUUAAGAUUAAAAGUGGGAAUUCUUAGCUGUCCUGUUAGAUGCACUCUGUUAAAUAGCAGGGAUUUUGACAUAGUUUUUGUUGUUUCUGCCUGUUCAUAGUUUUACUUUAAAAUUCUUAAAUCACUAUGUCACAGCAUUUAGGGUGAGCCACAUAUAAUGCGGACCCUAACUCUUUGUUUUAAAAAAUCUCCCUAAAUAAGCUCUGAAAAAAGUCAAUGUUCCUUGUGAUCUGUUAAGCUUGAUCCAUAAUAAUGCAAUGCGGAUUAAAUUUUUUAAAAGAAAAAUGUCAAAAUCCUUUAAAUUAUUAUAAUAUACAAAAUGAACUGUGGUCAUACCAAUACAACUAGCUAAUAUCCCAUCAAGGUGGGUCUACUUACGUCACUGGUGUUAUGAGCAGAAAUGAUGCUCGUUUGGUGGCCAAUUGCAAGCUGGCUAAGAAGAUAUGGUUGCAUAGGCAUUAGAAUAUAUUGUUUACCUGUAAUGAAAAAUUUCUUACAUGCAUAAAUAAUGGGAACUCCUUUUCUGAGUAGAUUUUUUCCCCUACUACAGUAAUUUGAUCAAUUAAAUUAAAAGCCCCCUAAAAUGAAGCUCUUUAAGCCUCCUAGUUAAACUGAUGUACAAUUUUACCUGCAAUAAAUGGAUUUCAUAAACCUAGUUAUCCAGCUUAAUUCAAUUCAGUUUCUUAAAUGUUCAAAAUGGUUUGUGAUGACACAGAUAUUUUUGUGUGUGUUUAAAAUAAUUUCUUCUUUGUCCACUCUUAAAUUGUUCUCUUUAAUUUACAGACUGGUCAGAAGUCUAAGGUGGACCACAGCCGAGCAGUUAAAGAAUACAGCAGGUCUUCAGCUGACCAGGUAAAGUAACUCAUCAUGUCAGAUGUAUUUCAUGGCAUUGGCAGCUAGACUUAAUUAACAAUUAGAUUUUAGGAGAGAUUUUUAAUUUGUGCUUAAUAGUGCUAAUAGAUUAAAGAAUUUCACUUAAUGUGUACAACUCUUGUAAGCACGGAUUGUUGUAGAUUAUUUAGCUGAGAUUCCCAGUACAUGAAACUGAUAAUCAACUUUUAUGUGCUAGUAUUUAAUCAAAUGGAGCGUGAAGGGAUGAAAAAAAAAAAAGUUGAAAAAAAUGGCUUGAUGAAAUAAAACGGUUAUACAAUAUAAAUUUACCAUCGGUGAUCACAACUGACCUUCAUAUUCCAUGCAUUUCUGAACAGUACAUGGUAUUUUACAUUAACACUUAGAGGCUAGUAAUGGACCGCCUUUGUAUUAAUGUAAGUAUUUAUGACACAUUUUUAACAUGUUAUGAUUUAUGUGACAGGAGGAGCCACUUCCUCAUGAGCUACGUCCCUUGCCAGUGCUGGUGAAAACCAUGCACUAUUUACUCACUGAGAUAGCCGACCAGGGAGGUGACGGACAAUGGGCAGAAUGGUAUGACUUCCUGUGGAAUAGGACUAGAGGAAUAAGAAAGGUAGUUACCCCUUGUUUCACCAUACCUCAAUCACACACACUCAACAGAGUUAAGAAAGCUCAAUAUAUUUUACUUGAUAUUAUCUAGAAACAUUUUAAACAGAUUUCUGGGAGACGGACGUCUCAUUCCCAUCCAUUGUUCCCUUCACCCUGCAGACAUGGUGAUAAAUUUGCAGGUCUUCCUCAGCUGGUCUUUAAUUAGCCAUUAGAUGAAUAGAUGCAUUGGUACAUACUUCUAGCGGCUAGAUAACAACAGGGACCCUACCUGCCGACAUUGUAGCCUGGUCCCGGAAACACUAGCGCACCUGUUGACCGAAUGUCCUCACUAGAUGUUCCGGGGGAAGCCAGGGCGGCUGGAGAUCCCUACGUGAGGAAAAUGUUGUAUGGCUCAGCAGAAGGAGCUGGUAGCCAAUGUACAAGCCGGCUCAUAAGAGAGUAAUCUCAGACCUUCACCAGAAUAUGUUUGUUAGAUAGUAGAUGUAUCUAAGCCUUGGGAUAGUAACAUUUCUAAUAUGUCAUAGUGCUGUUUAAUCUGAGUCUGUUGUUUUAAUACACUCGUAUCAGCAUGAACAUGUAUCUAACACAGCUGUUACUGUAAAGUUAAUACUAGAAACCUUUUAUAUCUCCUUGCAAGCCACUUCAGUGAAGCAAUCACAAUGAAGUUAGUGAAAUUAAAUUUCAUUGCCAUGGCAAUGAGUCUGAUAGAUAUUAAAGUGUCUGGACAGUAACACCAUUAUGGAGCAGACUAUUCUAUUUGAUAAGUAAAUGGACACACCUAAAUAAACCCUCUUUAAAUCUUCUUGUCUUCUUUUUGACAGUAACACCAUUAUGGAGCAGACUAUUCUAUUUGAUAAGUAAUGGACACACCUAAAUAAACCCUCUUUAAAUCUUCUUGUCUUCUUAAUUUGUUUCUGUAGUUUUUGUGGAUUAGCUCACACUCAGGGAUGCUGUUAAUGUGUUUGUUCUAUAGUCUUUAGAUUUCCGACCCAUCAAAACAAGUUAUUUGACUUGAAAUGUACAGAUUCACUAAUUGAUUGUAAUUCUACCAGAUGUAGUAACCAAUCAACAAACGGUGAUUCUUCCAGAUGUAGUAACCAAUCAACAAACAGUAAUUCUACCAGAUGUAGUAACCAAUCAACAAACAGUAAAAGUUCAGUCAUUUUGAAACCAUAGGAAAAAUUAAUGCAGCCUUAUCAGUUUCAGCAACAUUGAUUUAAUAUUUUAACUCAUCCAAACCAAAGGACAUUCAGCUGGUUUUUGUUUUCAUCCAAUGGAGAAUGAUCAACUAAAUAGGGCAAAUCAUAAUCAAAAUAGCACGACUGUCUGGCAUUGUCUGCUGACACUUUGAUUGUGCCCUGUGGGGCCAAAGCUAAAACCAUCUCUGGAAUAUCCCACAGCAUUGUGUACUGCAAGGACUGAACUAGAUUGUGCGUUGCGCCAUAGUCCAGCUCAAAGUAGUAACCGUGGAUGGUAUCGGUUCUGUUUCUGCCUCUGGUGUCCAUCCACCAAACAGUAAAUGCCUGGGUCUCACCCUCCAAGUUAUAGCCCAGGAGCACCACAGACAGAUUCUGAUAACUGUGAAAUGAGCAGUUGGCAAUGAUGGGUCUGCCGAGAUCUUGAAGAAUUUCUUCAUUGAGACUCAUUUGAUGCUGCAGUGUCUUACACGUGUAGUCGGCGUCCCAGGCAAAUGAAAUGAUUUUUUGCACCUUGGCUCCGGCCACACUGAUAGCCUUGUCCAGUCUUUCUUUGGAUGUACGAUCCAACAGCUCACCCAUUCCUGAAGCCAUGGGGUCUACGGGCAGGCAAGGAUCAUCUCUUAGGAACUCAAAUGCUUCAGCAUUCAACCAGAACUCAAACUUAAACCCUGCUUGCACCAAUUCUUGCUGGGCAGCUUCUAAUGCUGAGAAAACGUCUCUGUUGCUUGCGGAAAAUGCCUCAGAAAAUGUAAUAUUUACCCUGAGCGUGGGGUCAAGGUAAUGGAUGGCCCUGUCUAGCACUGGGUCACCAACACAAACAGGAAGAGACAACUCAUGAGGCCAGUAGUAACACCCCUUGGCAGCUCCUCUUCCUUCCUGCACAGCAAUAACAUCGACAACUCCAGUUGUAGCUAUGUCAACAAAACCUUGCGCAUGUUGGCCAAUGGUAGCGUUUAACUGCGACUUGUUUAGAUUGAUGUAUGGUGACACUGCAAAUUUUUUCCCAUGUUUUUUUACCAGUGUUCCAAUUUUUUUAUAUAAGGGGACAUAGGGACUGUCCUUUGUUAUUUCCGCCAGACAACACUCGUCAGUUCCAUAAUAACCAAUGAGAGAAUCAUAUAGGGUUGCUUGAGACUGAUUGUUGAAUGUCGUUGUUGAGCCAUCUGUCAAAAACUCAUCACCAAGACUGGUUCUAUUUCUCUCUAUGACUGGAAUUUUGGUCAGGCGUGACUGAUGUUCUAUCACUAUUCUCUCCAGCCAGGCAUAGUAGGCAGGCAUGAGGUCACUGGCAAAUCCAUUCGGUAUCCCAGGGAGACCAAAAUAAACUGAAACUCCCCGAGCAGCUGCUGCCUGCAGAAGUAAUUGGUGGGGGUCAGUGCCGGCAAAGCUGGUCAAUAGUACAACAACAUCUGACCCUGAUUUGUAAUCACAUGGGGAUGAUGGGGAGUAUGUUGUGUUUGGUGAUGGGAGCACUAUUCUGUAGUAAACCCUCGAGCUGUUGAUCUUUCUGUCAUACUUGGGGCACUGCAUGAUGGCGUCACUGAAACCUUCCUCAUAUUGGUAUGUGACAAAAGCUUUGACAUUCAGUCCCAGUUCUUUCAGCUCCUGCACCGCCUCGUCGUAACAUCUGUCCCCCCAGGCGGGGUUGCUGCUUUUGUAGCUCCCGCACCAGAUAAAGUUUAGAUCCCCUUCCAGGUCCUGCCUUGUUCUGCGAAUGAUGGGUGGGGCUCGCAGAAAUACGGUGUCACCCCCUUGACUUUUAAAUGUGUCCAGUGUGUCCUCCCAAUCUUUGGAGGAGAAUCUGUCUCGGAACCAUGCCGCGGUGACAGGAUAAGGCGGUCCAACACCAGAACUGGUUUGAGGGAUGUCAACGACGUUUUGGAUAAGAAAUGAAUUGCAAGCUCCAAGCAGUACUGAGAAUGUGCAAAUGACUAUAGAGAACAUUUUGUCUUUCUUGUCUUAUUACCUCUAAAAAAGAUAUAAAAAAAUAAAAUAUACAUUUUUUUUUAGUCAACAAAAGUAUUAUCUUACAGCUUAAUAUAAUUAGAAAUGCAGUUAUUUGUGUAUAAUGUACAUGUUACAAGACAUCGGAAAGACUUUGAAUGCUGCAUUGUUCAGCUGAUGAUAGUAUAAACGCUUAAUAUUUCUUAGUUUUGAUUUGAUAUUUUUAAAUAUGUCUCACUACUCAUAUUGUCAGUAGUAAUUGUAUGAUAUAUAUAUAUUCCUUUUGAAUAUUUGCUGUUUUACAUUUACCAGAACUUUUCUAUGACCUUAAAUUUCCACUCCUUCAAUUCAUUGUAAACCACUUUUUAAAUGAACUGUAUUGCAGCAGUGUUAUCUGGCACAAACGAUGUUAUUAACUGUUUUGAAAUGUGCCAACCUGCCGGGGAAGUAGACGGUUUUAUGUUAGAUUGUGUUAUCUUUUACUGAUGUUCUUAAUAAUGAAUAUGGUGGCAAAACAAAGUUUCAAGGUCAAGGUCUUUGGUCCACUAAGUACCAAGUCUAGGUCUUUCUGAUAAGAUUUCUUCUUAUCAUAACUGACUUAUUACAUACUUUUAUGAAAAUCUUAAGAUAGACAUGUUCUUCUUUGUGUUCAAACUUGAUUCAAAAUCUGGCUUUACUCCUCUGAGGCUGGGGGCCCCAGGCACCAAAUUUGUUUCACCUUUCUAUGGUUAGAAUCUAGAAAUAAAAAAAAAUGAAUGAAUUGCUCCUCAUUUCAGACAGAAAGUUGUUCAAAAAAUGAAGUAACAUACCCCUCAUCUCCCCCACCAGUUUGUUUUAUAGUAUAUCAGACAGGUACUUUUGGAUUUCCAAUCUCACACAACGAAUGUUUCUAUUUCUAUCUUUUUUUCUGACCCAUCACCAGCGAAUAAAACCUUUCUGCAGAACUGAGUUAAUUUUAUUUUACUGGGCGCAUGGCUGGGCGGCUGCUGGGUUGUAAUGAUGAUGAUGUCAUUGACAUGUGUUUUGGACAUUGAUCUCAUUUCAAGCUUUGCUGGAUUGUAAUGGUGAUGAUGUCAUUGACAUCUGUGGUGGACAUUGAUCUCAUUUCAAGCUUUGCUGGAUUGUAAUGGUGAUGAUGUCAUUGACAUCUGUGGUGGACAUUGAUCUCAUUUCAAGCUUUGCUGGAUUGUAAUGGUGAUGAUGUCAUUGACAUCUGUGGUGGACAUUGAUCUCAUUUCAAGCUUUGACCGAGCUUGUGCUUGAUACAUCAUCUUGUUUCAAAUCUCUUUUUUUCUCCCUAUUUUCCCUAACUAUUUUCGUAAACAUUAAACAUUUUUUGAAUUUGUAUAAUGGCACCAAUACUACAAGUUAUUGCUUCUCUGCUUGUGUUGUUCAGGACAUCACCCAACAACAGCUGUGUGACAUCCAAGUGGCGGAGCUACUGGAAAAGUGCACCAGGUUCCACAUCUUCUGUUCAGAGAGGCUCUGUGAGGAGGACAUGAUGACCUUUGAUGCCAAAAUCAAUAAUGAAAAUCUGACAAAGUGUCUGCAGACACUGAAAGAGCUGUAUGCUGACCUGGAGAAGAGACAGGUCUACUGUCCCAACGAGGCAGAGUUUAGGGGAUACAUGGUGCUCAUGAACCUAAACGAAGGGGAUAUUCUUAGGUUGGUUUAAAUUAUUAUUGUGUUACAGGCAAAGUGUGUAACCCAGACAUUCUAUAGAAUACCUGACGAUCUUAGUCAGAGUGUGAAAUACAUAAGAUAUUAAACACAUUGGGCUCAGACAAAGCAUAUAAAAACAUGAAGGUGAGUGGAGUUUUUAUAAACAAACAGCGGGCUAAACCAUUUUAAGAUCUAAAUGUCUGUCAGAUGUCUCUAGUUUUUAAAAUUUUAUAUAUUACUUCAAGUGGAGCACAUCACUGUCCAAACUGUCAUGUUAUAUACAGAACACAUGUGUUGUGUCCAAUCUGCUAUAAUCAGGAAAAUAGUCAACAAAAUAAAAAAGCUGCCGAAAGCAAUAUUGAACAAGCUCGUAAAAUGGUGUCAAGAUCUGACAAUAAGUUCCCGUCCAUUGAGUGUGGUACUGCGGUAUGGAUUUCCAUUCCUGAAUGUGACAAUGGAAGUGGUGACACACCCAAUGUUUUGGCUGUCAUCAUAGACGCGCAGGACCAUGUCUAUCGCUUGGGAACGAUAAAAGGUUUACAACAGCACUAACCAGAUAUCAAUUUUCUGUGUGUAAGAAGCCUUUAUGGACAUUAGAAGCUAUUCCAAUGGACAAACAAAUCUUUUUCAGAUCAGCAGCAACACAACACUCUACUGGAACUAGACAAAGAUUUGUUAAGUUCAUGUGUAACCCAACGGUCCACUGGAACUGGACAAGGAUUUGUUAAGUUCAUGUGUAAAUCCUAGUGUCAAAAUAGAAAAUUUUUUUGUAUUAAAAAAUUUCAUUCAAGUUCAGACCGCUGCAAUAAAUAAAAAAAAUAAACAGCCAUUUUGUGCUUGGCCUUUUUUAUGCUGUUUGUUUGUUUACGUACAUAAAACUUAAUAAUACUUUCUCUUAUUUUACAGAGAAAUCCAGCAGCUACGACCAGAAAUCAGGGACUCCCCACAGAUCAGCUUUGCGGUGAAAGCUUACAAUGCUCUCAACUCAAAUAACUACGUCAGGUUUUUCAGACUUUUCCAAGAAGCUUCCUUCCUGAACGGCUGUGUGCUGCACCGUUAUUUUAACCAGAUUCGAAGCAAGGCUCUGCUCAUCAUCAUGAAAGCACUCGGAGCACUUGGCAAAAAUAGAGUCAUGGUUAGUGUUGUGUCUAGAGCUGUCUAGUCAUGCAUGUUUAAUAGGGAAUCUUUGAAAAUGUUGUUUAUAGCUGUAUGUAAUUGAUUGUGUCCAGGGCAGUUUGGUCAUGUCUAGAAUAAUAUGUCAUAACUAUAAUCUGUAUGUUUUAAUUAGCUCUCUUAUAACAGAAGUCUGUUCUCUUGUAUCAGUAUGGACAAUGUUUGGUGCUCAGAUUUACAUAAAACUUAAAAUGUCCUUUUUUUUUCCUUAAUAUCAACAUGUUAGAACCUCACACUUGUUGCCCAAUUUGCCAAGAUCUACAUAGUUUUAGAGUUUCAGUAUUUAUUAGAGCACCAACUACUGUUAAAAUUAUAUACAUAGACCAGUUUGUAACUUCCAUAGAAGUCCCUAUGUUUUUUUUUUACUAGAGCCACCAUCAGUGGCAGAUCUAUAAAUAAUGAUGUUAAUUUUCAGUAGUAAAAAAAUUUCAUCAUCUUAACUCCAGUGUCCUCUAAAUAUAUACUUAUAUAAUUUAUUUUGGAAAAUGCUACAGGUCACUUAACCUCUCCUGAAUAUGCCAAAGAAAAAUCAUUUCAAUCACUGACUAUUAAAGAGAAUUAUUAAUAAAAAUCAUUUCAAUCACUGACUUUUAAAGAGAAUUAUUAAUAAAAAUCAUUUCAAUCACUGACUAUUAAAGAGAAUUAUUAAUAAAAAUCAUUUCAAUCACUGACUUUUAAAGAGAAUUAUUAAUAAAAAUCAUUUCAAUCACUGACUAUUAAAGAGAAUUAUUAAUAAAAAUCAUUUCAAUCACUGACUAUUAAAGAGAAUUAUUAAUAAAAAUCUUCAAAGGAUUAAUUCUUUUUUUCUUGCCCAGUUAGAAAUAAUAAGAUGUUAUAAUGUUUUGUUUUUUGUUCAGUACAAUGAUAUGUCUGCUAUGUUUUUUGUCUUGCUCACUACAAUCAUACGCUUGCUUUGUUUUGUGUCUUCUUCAGUACAAUCAUAGGCUUGCUUUGUUUUGUGUCUUCUUCAGUACAAUCAUACGCUUGCUUUGUUUUGUGUCUUCUUCACUACAAUCAUACGCUUGCUUUGUUUUGUGUCUUCUUCACUACAAUCAUACGCUUGCUUUGUUUUGUGUCUUCUUCAGUACAAUCAUACGCUUGCUUUGUUUUGUGUCUUCUUCACUACAAUCAUACGCUUGCUUUGUUUUGUGUCUUCUUCAGUACAAUCAUACGCUUGCUUUGUUUUGUGUCUUCUUCACUACAAUCACACGCUUGCUUUGUUUUGUGUCUUCUUCACUACAAUCAUACGCUUGCUUUGUUUUGUGUCUUCUUCAGUACAAUCAUAUGCUUGCUUUGUUUUGUGUCUUCUUCAGUACAAUCACACGCUUGCUUUGUUUUGUGUCUUCUUCACUACAAUCACACGCUUGCUUUGUUUUGUGUCUUCUUCAGUACAAUCAUAAGCUUGCUUUGUUUUGUAUCUUCUUCAGUACAAUCAUACGCUUGCUUUGUUUUGUGUCUUCUUCAGUACAAUCACACGCUUGCUUUGUUUUGUGUCUUCUUCACUACAAUCAUACGCUUGCUUUGUUUUGUGUCUUCUUCAGUACAAUCAUACGCUUGCUUUGUUUUGUGUCUUCUUCAGUACAAUCAUACGCUUGCUUUGUUUUGUGUCUUCUUCACUACAAUCACACGCUUGCUUUGUUUUGUGUCUUCUUCACUACAAUCACACGCUUGCUUUGUUUUGUGUCUUCUUCAGUACAAUCACACGCUUGCUUUGUUUUGUGUCUUCUUCAGUACAAUCAUACGCUUGCUUUGUUUUGUGUCUUCUUCACUACAAUCAUACGCUUGCUUUGUUUUGUGUCUUCUUCAGUACAAUCAUACGCUUGCUUUGUUUUGUGUCUUCUUCAGUACAAUCAUACGCUUGCUUUGUUUUGUGUCUUCUUCACUACAAUCACACGCUUGCUUUGUUUUGUGUCUUCUUCACUACAAUCACACGCUUGCUUUGUUUUGUGUCUUCUUCAGUACAAUCAUACGCUUGCUUUGUUUUGUGUCUUCUUCAGUACAAUCAUACGCUUGCUUUGUUUUGUGUCUUCUUCAGUACAAUCAUAGGCUUGCUUUGUUUUGUGUCUUCUUCACUACAAUCAUACGCUUGCUUUGUUUUGUGUCUUCUUCAGUACAAUCAUACGCUUGCUUUGUUUUGUCUUUGUACAGUACCCUAUUGAAGAAAUGAUACGCCUGCUGUGUUUUGAAGAUAGCAAGGAGGUUGUUGACUUCUGUGAUCACUACUGUUUAGCCACUGAAGGCAGCGAUGUUGUCAUGGACUCUAAGGCUUACCUGGAACCAGAGUCAGCCAUUCCACAGAAACGAUCGCAGUCAUUGAUUGAGGUCAAACAAACAGUCAGUGUAGGGGAGGUAAGCAAUAAGAAUCUUUUUCAUUGAUAGAGGUUAAAGAAUCAGUGUAAAAAAAAAAAGGGGGGGGGGGGGGUUGUGGGUUGGGUGGGUUAAACAAUUUGAGUUUAAGCUGAUUUGAAUUGUUCACCAAGUGUCAGGCAGGGUUUUCAUAGCACUGCAGGAAUGAUAAUAUUUUGUUCAUUUUUAAACAAAAAGCCCAGACUGCUCAAAAUGCCAAAGUUCACUCAAGAACCCAGCAGCUGUUUAGACUGAACAAUGAUUUGCUAACACCUUGCUAGGUACAUAUUAUAAGGAACUACAAAAAACUCAAAGACUUUCAAGACUGAAAACAAGAUGUGCAAUGCAGUCAAAACAAAUUUCCAUAUUUGGAUCAAUAUAAGCAUCUUAUCAUAUCUAAUCUUAUCUUUAAAUUUCGUAAUAUUAAAAUAAGAUGGCAGAUAUUGAACAAAAAAAAUGGUAACAUUUUUGGCAUUGAAGUUAUUUAAUUUACGUCCCGUCACAAAAUGGCAUACAACAGGCCAACAAAUGGCUAUAUUAUUAUUAGUAUCAGUAGUCGUAGUGUCAAACGUUUGGUUGUACAAUAUUUCCCCAGACAUUAAAUGGAGGACCUCUGCCACAACUAGACAUUUCAACUCCUGCUGGCAGUUUUGAUCCUGACGGUGGCUUCGUAAUGUCACAUGACAUUCAAGAGGCUCUUGGUCAGUACGAAAACUCCUUUCAUUCGUAAGACCUGUGAUUAUUUUAAUAUUUUCUAUUUCUUUGGCUGUCACCUUAAGUUUAAUGUUCAUUAAAGUCUUUGCUCACUUUCAAUGGGAGAAUACAGAAAUUUUAACUUUAAAAAAAAUUAUUAUUUCUAGAUAUUUACAUUGUAUGUAAAAUUUAUUAUGUACGAACUUGGGAGAUAACUUCAUAUUAAAACUGAUGUAAUCUUCUUUUAAUCCAGUUGUAUUGGCAAGUGGGGGGGGGGGUCAAUAAAUAAUGUUAGCACUGAUGUUGAGGUUCAGCUAUGUUUUGUAUCCCUAUGACCAACCAUAACCCCACAUGGCAUGAACAUCAUGUUCUCAUUCACCUGUUAAACCUUUUAUCCAACCCCCUCCUCGUUACUACCAAUUGCAGUGGACUUCAGAGCCCAGAAAUUUGGAAGAAAUUUUCAAAAUUCCAGCAACUAUAAUUUUGAAAUCUUUAAUUUUCCUUCCCCAUUGCAGCAUCCAGUGGUCUCUUGGGCUCUAAAACUAUUGUGAGCUCAACUUCUGAGCCAAUCAGUGAGCAGGCCAACUCGAGGGAGGAGUCUGCUCACAGUCAAACCCACAGUCCAGAUGAAAGGAGUGCUUCACUUCGUCUUGUGCCAGAGAUGAGAAGGGAAAAACUCACAGCAUCAAAUGAGGUGGGAAACAACAUUAAUAUAAUAUUUAUCACCCGAGAUUUGACUGGCUAAAUUUAGUCGCCCUAUAGCAGUGAGACUUUAACAUUGGGUUAGAUUUGGUCAGCCAUAUUCAAAAUGAUUUUCAUUGUUUAAAAAAAUAGUUUAUUCACUUGAUGAGACUUAAGUGACAACCUAUGAGGUUUCAUGAACCAUUGACCUUUGCAUCCAGGUCAUCAAGAGCAUUGCCAGGAUGCUGAUUCUAGAAGUGAUUGAUUCCAGUAGCACUGAUAUUGCUCAGGAGGUUCUUGCUGUUCAGAGAGAGUACAACAUCACCCUCAUGGCACAUGUUGAUGAUAUUGUUAGUUACACUGUGACAGAAUGCUUAGGGUAAGUUAAUAGUCUUACUGUUACAGAAUGCUUAGGGUAAGUUAAAGGUAUCACUGUUACAGAAUGCUUAGGGUAACUAAACUCUAAAAUGUUCUCUUUCAAUCUUAUGACUAGAAAUCAACAGAAACCACUACUGUUGAAGGUUUAAUAUUUUGUAGACAAUGUUUCUUUGCAGUGCUAGGGAAAUGGAAAGAGGGACUCUAAUGUUUGCCAUGACAACCUAAGCUUGUUGUUUGCUUAUGCUGCUUAGUUAAUCCUGUUUCAGACAUGACUUUUGCAUGUUGGAUAUAACACACAGGCACAUCUGUUGUAGUUGAAUGUGCACAUCUUGUGGAACUAAUUUAUUUUACUCUUAUGCAAACAUCAUGUUUAAUUUUUGGUUUCCAGGCAGUUGGCCAGAGAAGUUUACGAGCAAGAAGAAUGUAUUUUGAGGAAAGCUCUAGAAGUAGAAAUGGCUCAGCAGAGGCAGCGAGUCUUUGACAUGCUUUGUCAAGACAUUACUGAUGACACCAUGUCUGAGAUGGUCAAGAUCCUGGCCCAGGAUGAAAUGAGGUGGAUUAAAAUAUGGGCUUUAGAUGGUGGUUAAUCAUUUGUGUGUGUGUGGAGGGGGGGGGGGGAAGACAUGUUGUACUUAACUAAGCUGUUUACCCAUGGCAGAUAUCUAGACUUCAUCCACUUGUUCUAUGCAAUUAUACAAUUUGGUUUAGAGUUUAAUUUUAAGAACUUGGUUUGGGGGGGGGGGGGGGAAGACAUGUUGUACUUAACUAAGCUGUUUACCCAUGGCAGAUAUCUAGACUUCAUCCACUUGUUCUAUGCAAUUAUACAAUUUGGUUUAGAGUUUAAUUUUAAGAACUUGGUUGCCUGGUGCCUGGUAACUAGAUAACGUACAAUAGAGAUAUCCAAACAAGUCCAUUUUUUCAUGCAUUUGUACAAGUUAGUCAAUCGUUCUAUUUUGACAACUUUUUUGUUAUUGUCUUGUAUCAGAUUAGUUCAAGCUGAACUCAAGGCCCAGUCGUUAGAGAGGGCAAGUCAGACAUGCAGAGAUGAGCUGGUCAGCAAGGGGUUAGAAGAUAUGCUACUGGACAUUGCUCAUGAGGUCUACCAGGUGGAUGUUGUGGCUAAACAGGAAAGACUGGAGGCCACAGAGAGAUGUGUGCAACUGGGUGUGUGCCGAAAGUUCUUUCAGGUAGUUCACUUGUUCCUUCCUGUGUAAAUCAGCUUACAAUCCUUGCCUUUAAUUAAGAGGGAAAUAAGCCACCGUUCCUGCCAGAAGCUAAUAAAUUAAUUGACCACAGUGGCCCCCUCCUGUCCCAGGCCAUAUUUUAUGAUGUAAAAAAUAGUUUCAUGCUGAGGACACUCUACCAUCUGCAGGAAAUAUUUCAAUUCAGUCACAUGACAUAUAGCCAAAGACUUGGGUUAUCACUUUAUUUCAUUUAAAUUUGUAAGAGGUUGCUUCAAAUGAUUCAAGGAAAAUAUUUUUUUCUAGAUUUUUUCACCCCUUAAAUUAUUGAAGAAUAAACAUAGGAGGAAAUACUUGGGCUCGGUUUUCUUAUUCACUCACUACAGAGGGGUUGGGUGGGGGGAAUACUUUGAAUCUAUUUUUUAAAAAUAAAUGGGAGAACAAAAUGUAGAUAUUUCAAUCAAAUUUUAUAUAUAACACAAAAAUCACGUGAUUCACUUUUUCACAUGGUAAGCACGUCAUUCAUUAAUUCAUAAGUGUAAUUUACAUAUGAAGUGUUAUUCAUAUAUUCAUAGCUAUAAUUUAAAUAUGCAUUGCCAUUCAUAUAUUCAUAGCUAUAAUUUAAAAAUGAACUACAAUACUUUUCACUGUUCUAGUCCUGGAGAAAGAGCUACCAGAGAAGAAUGAAAGUGAAACGUUCAAUGUUGGAUUUCCCAAGUGCUCCCCCCUCAAGAACUGUUGCUGAACAACUUAGGCAGCUGGUUCCAGGCAGAUCAGAUCAAAGAAUCUCACAAAAGGCUUUCUACAUUGGUCAUAGGUAAAGUCACAAGAUUGGGGGGAUGUGGGGGGUGCGGGAGAGGGGGGAGGGCGGUGUGGGGUGUUCAUUCAAGAUGCUUGCAAUGUUCAGAGCUAUAUAACAAUUUAACGAUGUUAUAUAUUGUAAUGUAGUUCACCAGUGUCCUAUUUUCCUGGAAUUUCUAAUGAAAGUUAGAUUGUAGUGUGAGUGUGUCCUAAAGGUAGAUUGUAGUGUGAGUGUGUCCUAAAGGUAGAUUGUAGUGUGAGUGUGUCCUAAAGGUAUAUUGUAGUGUGAGUGUGUCCUAAAGGUAGAUUGUAGUGUGAGUGUGUCCUAAGGGUAGACUGUAGUGUGAGUGCGUCCUAAAGGUAGACUGUAGUGUGAGUGUGUCCUAAAGGUAGAUUGUUGUGUGAGUGUGUCCUAAAGGUAGAUUGUAGUGUGAGUGUGUCGUAAAGGUAGAUUGUAGUGUGAGUGUGUCCUAAAGGUAGACUGUAGUGUGAGUGUGUCCUAAAGGUAGAUUGUAGUGUGAGUGUGUCCUAAAGGAAGACUUAAAAUUACUAUUUGAAUUUCAUGACAAUGUCCAAUUUUUUGAUGAGGCAAGUCAUAUAAGCACAACAAUAAUAGCAUAUCUCUUAUACCUGUUUUAAAAAAAAUAUGUUGUUACAGCAUUCCUUCGUUGUCGAAUAAUCGGUUCAAAUGUUAUGGCCUUCUUUUGUUUGUCUACUACCUCCGAUGGCGAAUACUUUAAUUCUCGUCUCAGUCUUGGUCAAGUAACUCAAACGCUGAAUAGUCCAAUUUAAAUUAUGUAUUUAUUUCCAUGUGCUAAAACAUCCAUUUAUUACCUAACACAGUUGCUACAUAAUUCAUCCAGGAGAAAAAUACUAUCCUCAGGCAACAAGCCCUACAGCGGAUCUAACAUAAAUUACAAUAUCUCUCGACUCUAACUCUAACUCUGGACGAUCUACUCUGGACUCUCGACUCUAACUCUAACUCUGGACGAUCUACUCUGGACUCUCAACUCUAACUCUAACUCUGGACGAUCUACUCUGGACUCUCGACUCUCACAACUCUUGACCCUCUUGCUUCUCUAACUUAACUCCCCACUAACUAACACACUGCCCUUUAAUAUCCCAACAAAGCACUCGGCAUACACUAAAGCUUAACACCACGAACCAAUUUCACGGUCUGACCUCACGACUUACAACUCACAAAACACUCUCACGAUCAACAACUCCCCCUAGUUCACAACAAUAUAUAUUUACAAAUAACAUGGAAAUUAAAACUCUUUUGAUCUGACAGGGUAAAACUGAGCAUUGAGUCUCCUAUGGAAGUCAUUCGCCAGCAACUGCAGUUAAGCACACGAUUGUCCAUGGCUUCAGCCAUUAAAAUGCUCUGCAACUUGUUACUGUGGCGACCAUUAGACCUGGAAGCUACAGUCGGACCUCAGCUACAAAGAGCUUAUCAGAAUUGGAAAGAGGAAUCACUCAUUGGUAAAACUGUGCUGAAGGUGGAGAGUUCUUGUUGAGAAGUCAUGCUUUACUUGAAUGCAGUCCCCUUAUGAUUAAUAUUUAAGAUGUUAAAUCCAGGGCAAUGCCAACUCCCUUGCACACCCCUUCAGCUCUCCAGGGCAAUGCCAACUCCCUUGCACACCCCUUCAGCUCUCCAGGGCAAUGCCAACUCCCUUGCACACCCCUUCAGCUCUCCAGGGGCACCGGUGGGAGCAUGUGGUUUUGGAGAACAAAGAAUGAAGACAUUUGGUUCAUUUUUGGAUAUCAUAUAAAAGGAAAUAAAACUAACUUUAUUAAUUCAGACUUUUAUUAAAGUCUCUGGCUGGAAAUAGGGUACACAUGUUAAAGUUAAUAGGAAUAUCCACAAUGCCCAAUACAGUUUUAAUUUUUCGUGUGGGAAGACGAGACAGUAUGUAGGUGAUAGUAACAAUAAAAUAAAUCAAUAAUUUGUCUUGGUCUAGAGACUCAAGGUUUGUCUUGACCACCAUGGGAAAUGAACCACAUGAACGACUGAUGUAGUUUGUUCGCCCGUUAAAAUCAAUCUAGACCAUUUUACUUAUCUUCAUGCUGGUUCUGAUUCUGUCCGAUGUAUUGUGGAUACGUUUAUCAGAUCUUUCACCCUUUAUUAAGACGGCUGUUCAUCCCAGUUCAAAUGUGUGCACUUUUCUUUCUUAACAUCAAAGGCAAUCUGAGUCACACAUACAUGCCAGUCAAAUUUAACAGAGUUAUUUUAGUGCCUCUCAUUUGCUGUUGAAUGUUGACCUUGUUGCUUGACCUAAUGUCCAGCAUGUUAACAAUGGUUGUCUUGUGUGUUAAGAACAAGACACAGUGGCAGCACAGUGGAAGUUGUUGGUCUCUCUGCCUUGUGAUGCUUCUGAUGAUGUAGAGACUUUUUUACAAUGGAUAAAAGCCAAGCUGUGUAAAGAUGGUAACAGAGCUAAAGUUGUCAAGUCACCAUCGUAUGAGGUUAGACAUUUAAUUUAUCUUUUCAAACAAACAUAUUGUCUAUUUUAUAAUAGACUACACACACACACUUGAAUGUAGUGAAAACUUUGAGGUGAGCUUGUCCAGUGUUAAAGUCUUGACCUGUAGGUUGCUAUGACAACAUAGUUUGUUUGAUAAAUACAUACAUGUCUCAUUUUCACUUUUAAGUUUCCAUGACAAGUCUGAAACAGAUACUCUGCAUAUGUUGACUUUUAUUCAUACUCGCUAACAACAGGAAUACAUAUUUUGUUUCCUAUGUGGACAGAAAUGAUGAAUCAGAAAUAAUUGUUCACAAGACUAUGAUUGAGCAACCCCUUCCCUCAGGAAAUUGUGUUUCUAAUAAAAAUACUGCUGCAUAAAGUAUAUCAUAUAUCAGUGCUGAUUACAGACCUUGAACUAAUGUCACAUCCUUGGUUGAAAUUCUCUUAGAUUUAUGUACACAUUUGUUUAUUAUCUGUGCAGAUGUUUCCAACCUAAUUUCUGUAUGUUACCGUGUCCCUCUCCCAGGGCCAGGUACUGAGUGUCUGCCAAAUGAAGCCAUCUGUAGGAUCUGGCUCACACUCUGCCCUGUGUGUCAGAUGUUUCCAAGGAGUGUGGACAGAGGAUCAGGAGCUGAAUGUACUGAAGGAAGAUGUCUUGAAAGGCUCCAGUGCUCUGCUGUUUUUGUCAUCUCCAGUAGAAAUGCUUUUAACAAACAACACUUCACUGAGCGUAAGAUUUAACUCUAUGGAUGUACUGGCCCUAGUCUAGUUGAAGUAUUAAAUUUAACACAGAAUCAAUGUUAAAAAACAAUUUUGUUUAUAGACUUUGUAACAGUAUUUUUGCUGUUUUCAUUUAUUUACAAAACAUAUAGCAGCUUUAGCUGGUUAAAACAGUGACAUGUGAGAUGUCACAGUGACAUGACAUGUCACAUUUUUAUACAAAUUUCUUUACAGGUGUUGAUAAAAACAAAGGUAUUACCAGCUUAUAAUAAAAAGAUGUAUUACUUAUUGUAACUAAUUUUCUUGUUAGAUGGCUUACUGUUUGAAAAUUGAUUAGUUAGAGUCAUACAUGUAUGACAAACACUUUUUAAAUUCAUUCCUCCGACAGGAAAUAACUUGGAACAACGACAGAAAGCGUUUAAAUCAAAUUCUAAAACAGAAACGAAAAGAACCAGCUCUGCCGUUGGUUAUUAUGAUGCCCAGACUGACUAAAGAGAACCAAAUUUCCUUAAAAAUCUUGGAUGAGUGUCUCGGUUUGGCCAGUCUGUACCAACAAAACCUUGUGUCCGCUGUCCAUGUGGCACAACCCGUGGUCAGUGACCAGGAAAUACUGGAUAAUUAUGAGGACUGGACCAGUCAGGUUUGACCAAACUGAAAUUAUUUUUCUUAGUUUAACAAGCAAUAAGCACAUUACUUUGACCUCUAACCAUUUGUACAAACACCUUGUAUAGUUGUAAACCAAUAUUUAAAAUGAGGACCAGUAUUUACAAUGUGUUCUUAGAAUAAGCUAUUAUAAUUAACUGAUUUAAUUUCUCACAAUUGAAUGUCACAUCUAAAUGUUUAAAUAUCCCUGCCUCAUAGUUGACCAACAGUUUGAGAUUUGCUGUCGGCAACAUUCCUGUCCCACCGAAGCUCAGAGUCAAGCCAGUAUCAGACUAUGUAGAAGAUGCUGUGGUUGAGUUCUACAAGGCAACAGUGUAUCAAGAUCUUCGCACCAGAAAAAAACAUCAAAUGCUGCAUCAGGUCAGACAUUUUACAACAUAAAAUUAAACAACCCCCCCCCCCCAUAAAAACAAAGUUUUUCAUUUCAAUCCUUUAAAUGCAUUUUUUAUUAUUUUAUUUUACACUUUCACACAACAGAUUUAUUUCACCAACUAUUUCAGACAUUUUACAAACUAAAAUUAAACAACCCCCCCCCCCCCAUAAAAACAAAGUUUUUCAUUUCAAUCCUUUAAAUGCAUUUUUUAUUAUUUUAUUUUACACUUUCACACAACAGAUUUAUUUCACCAACUAUUUCAGAAAAGCAAAAGAAAAUAUUACGCACCAAAUGCACUUGGGAUAUUUUUAAGAAUCUCAUUUAUCGCAGUUAUCUGGAGUUUUAUUUCGUGAAACAGUGGCAUCAUAUUUCCUUCAUCUUCCCCUUAAAAAACAAGAAAAACUGAUUUUUGGGGAUUGGGACGGAAAAUUUAUAGAAUUUGUUGUCAUUGGCAAUGAGUCUAUGUGCCAAGUUUCAGCUCGAUAGGUUGAUGAGAAGUGGGUCAAUUAGCCAUAUGAAGAUUUUGCCACCCAGCCAGAACAAGCACGAUCAAAAGCAAAGUUAAUGUAAAAUAUUUAAUAAUGCCCUCUUGCAUAAACCCAUACAAGAAUGUCAUAUUGCUGGCCAUCCAAACUGGGGCUCUUAUGUCCUUUUAGGAACAACAAAUAUGAGAAUAUGUCCUUGGGUCCUGUUCAAUUAUCAUUGGCUCAUGUUGCCUUCAAGCUGAGAAACAACAACACCGAUAUCCUUAAUUAUAAUGGAACAUAAUUGAACUUGAUAUCAUUUUUAAACAAUAUGUGUGGAAAAGUAUUGGGACUUAUCAUAAAUGACAUGUCUAGCUAACUUCUGAGUGUCAAGAGCUAUGAUGGUGUGCUAGUGUUUGAGAUGUUUGUGACAAGAUGAUUGUUGGUGUGUUAGUUUUUGAGAUGUUUGUUACAAGAUUAUUGUGACAAGAUGUUUGUGGCAAGAUGUUUGUGGCAAGAUGUUUGUGACAAAAUGUUUGUGACAAGAUGUUUGUGACAAUAUGUUUGUGACAAGAUGUUUGUGACAAUAUGUUUGUGACAAGAUGUUUGUGGCAAGAUGUUUGUGACAAGAUGUUUGUGGCAAAAUGUUUGUGACAAAAUGUUUGUGACAAGAUGUUUGUGACAAUAUGUUUGUGACAAGAUGUUUGUGGCAAGAUGUUUGUGACAAGAUGUUUGUGGCAAGAUGUUUAUUGGUGUGCUAGUGUUUGAGAUGUUUGUGAUAAGAUGUUUAUUGGUGUGCUAGUGUUUGAGAUGUUUGUGAUAAGAUGUUUAUUGGUGUGCUAGUGUUUGAGAUGUUUGUGAUAAGAUGUUUAUUGGUGUGCUAGUGUUUGAGAUGUUUGUGAUAAGAUGUUUAUUGGUGUGCUAGUGUUUGAGAUGUUUCUGACAAGAUGUUUGUUGGUGUGACAAGAUGUUUGUGACAAGAUGUUUGUGACAAGAUGCUUAUAAAUGUGUAAACAUGUUUAUCUCCAGUCUCCCAACACAUUGAUAUCUCUGUACAAUGAAGUCAUAGAGCAUGUGGCAAUGGUAUCAGCAUCCAGCUCUCUCACUGACAUGUCGUGGCCAGCACCAGAAUUCGAAGGUUACAGGGAGAAAGGUGAAUAAAAACAGAGACUUUGCUAAAUGUAACUAUAAUCAUAAAACUUGUCACCUUCAUCAGCAGGCAAGUAACAAUAAAUUAGCUUAAAAGAUAGAAAUAAAGUUAAACUAAUCAGCCUAAUUCAAGUUAAAUAAUCAUUUGGAGGUUAAGGGAGUUCUACACCACAUUCAGCCCAUACAAUCCUGUAAUGACCAAAUUUCAGCUGGUACUGAUUCAACCCCUUAACUGCCAAAUCUGGCCACUCGACAUAUUGAAUUCAUAUCGCUAUACAGAAAACGGAAAUCUCGCUAUUUUAAAUGAAAUUUCACUAUUUUUUUAUUUUACCAAUGGUGAGGAGUGUUCAUUAUUAUAAUAGCAAAUUAAUUUUUAAAAUAUUUUUAUGAUCAGGAAUAGUCAAGUAGUUCAUCAUAGUUUGACAUUUAGGAAUUAAAAAAACAAAAGCUUUUGGGAAAUUAUGUAAUACAAAGCGUAAAGCAACCAAUUAUGAAUGCUGAUCAAUUUUGUUCAUAGAAAUAUAUUUCAAAAUAGAUUUAAACUUUUUUUUUCUAAACCUAUCUACAAUUGGAGAUGUUCUCCUUUGACUAGGGUUUCAAAUGAUACAAUUUUGAGCACCCAGAAAUGAAUGGUUAAAAUAUGUAUGAACAUUUGUUUUCACUGAAAUUGUACUAAAAUGCCAAUCUAUUGUUUCACUAAGUUUUUUUCCAGCUUUUUUUAUAUCAAAUUUUUUUGCUUCAUAAUUAAUAUGUUACAAUAAUUAUAUUAUUGUUAUAUUUAAACAAAAAUGAGGUCAACAUAAACUUUAAAAAAAUAUGUUUAAAUAUCUGAAUCUGUCCUUGAACUCUGUGUGUGUUAACAAACUUUCUUCAGUGGAGCUCCAGGCCUCAUGGAACACAGAAUCUCACCUCUCUGACCUUUAUGAGCUCAUUGCCAAAAUGAGACUGCCCAGGUUCCAUUACAGCGACCUUGACUCAGACAGCUGGUCAACCAUGUGUCAGGAUGUCUGGUCUUACAUUGAGAGACUCACUAAAAAAGACAGUGGGUCUGCCAAGAUACAUUUACAUCAAGAGUAAGUUUUACAAUUAUUAUGUAUAAAGAAUACAAUAUAAAACUUCAGAGUCCGAUUAAAUGUCUAACGGUAUUAUUUAUUGUAUCUGAAAUGUAUUGGAACAGAAGAAUGUAAUAGCCAAACUCUGGCCAUUAUUUGGGACAACUAAGUCACAGAUGCUACGGUUGAGUGCUUACUUUCUUAUGUCUUCACUCAGGGUUGCAAUGUUGCUCUCAAAAGCUAAGAAAAACUUUGAUCAGUUCUGCUGGCUGUCGUUGGUGGAUGGUCCAUGUGAACCCACAUAUGUCAAUAUGACCUGGACAGAUCUGGUGGAUGCCUGCAUCCAUUACAAACUUUUUUCACUGAGAACUGGACACAUCUGUUUACCAAAACCUGUAAGUCGGCCAGGAAAUCACCCGAAGUAAUCACAUUAUAGAACACGUUUUGAUAUUGAUGUUUAUGGUAUUUAAAAACUUUUUUUAGAAGAAAAAAAACAAUUAACACUUAAAAAAUGUUAAUACUUGAUAUUUAUAAUUAAAAGUCUAUUGAUCAUAAAAUAUAUUAAUUAUUAUUGUUGGGACGAGCGAAAACUAUAAUGAAUCUUUUAAUAUUGAAGUUUAAAUAAAAAAAUUAACCGUCUUUUACUGUUUCAUUGCUGGUAUAAUACUUGACAAGCCAAAUAAUUAAUAGACUUAUUGGUCUACACACUCUUGACUUUAGGAAUCAUAAUUUAUAUAAUUUUUUAAAAUCUUGAAGUGCCGUGUAACGCACUGAUUGUUAACUUACAGCUUAAGACUCAUUGAUAUAUGGUUUAAUCAAAUUAACUUCACACAGCCAGAUGUUGCUUAACGAUUAUUGUCAAAAUCACAAUAUCUUGUAAAUCAAAACAGAGGCCUAGUGGUUCAAAUGAUUAAUAAUAGUGACUAAUACUUUAUUACACACGAUCACUAUAAUAAUAGUUAAUACUUGAAAUACGAGCAAAUCCUCAUGCCGAACAUACUAAAUCUGAAAAAACUUGGAAUGUAGCUUCUCAGUAAACUUCUUUACUUGAUAAAAUGUAAUCACACUACAAAUCAUUUAAAACAUAAACUAUUUCUGCUCAAACUUCCUACACAAACUUCGUGAAUUUAACGGUCAUAAUAUUCCACCAUUUCUUGUUUCCAUCUUGCUCUCCUCUCAUUGGCUAGUUUUCUCCAAGUUCCAAUACUCUAUAUAUUAAAUCCCAUAUUACUUAUCUCCCAUAUAAUUAUAUCUGUGAAAAUUAUAUUAUUAUAAUUUAAUUUGUUAACCCAUUAGUAAGAACUAUGUGUGAUAUAAGAUUAGUUUGUGUUUACAUUCAUCAAUAUGUUGUUUAAAGCAGGCCUGCGAAGUAACAAAAUAUUCUUUAUGAUUGUUAUUUUCUUAAUAGCUUUCCACCCUGUCCUAUUUUCUUUUGGCCCGCACAAGUUUUCCAUAAACUUUUCCAUAAGUUUUCAAAACUUUUGAGUUGUACAGGCCUGGUUUAAAGAUAUCCCUUUACCAGUCAGUGCUGUUAUAAUACAUUUAAAACAAUUUUGUAUACUGCUCAGUUUUGCUAACAUGCUAUUGUUCACUAUCUGUAAUCAUCGUUUUGGGCUGGGGUUUAUAUUUUUAAAAUACACAAAAUAAUUUACAUUCUCACAAUUAAAUUUCAUAGGAAUCUGAAGAUAACGAAGAACCAGAGGAAGAAGAGUUUGAAGAGAUUUUGGUUUACUAUCAGGAGUUUGAACUGGAAGACUGGGAGCCACCGGGAGCUUGGCUGGAUGCCAUGAAAGAUACAGAAACAGCAGGUUUGUGCUGGUUGGGCUGGAUGCCAUGAGAGAUAGAGACAGUAUAGCUUGGCUGGAUGCCAUGAGAGAUAGAGAUAGUAUAGCUUGGCUGAAUGCCAUGAGAGAUAGAGACAGUAUAGCUUGGCUGAAUGCCAUGAGAGAUAGAGACAGUAUAGGUUGGGUGGAUACUAUGAGAGAUAGAGACAGUAUAGCUUGGCUGGAUGCCAUGAGAGAUAGAGACAGUAUAGCUUGGCUGGAUGACAUGUGAGGUAGAGACAGUAUAGCUUGGCUGGAUGCCAUGAGAGAUAGAGACAGUAUAGCUUGGCUGGAUGCCAUGAGAGAAAGAGACAGUAUAGCUUGGCUGGAUGCCAUGAGAGGUAGAGACAGCAUAGCUUGGCUGGAUGACAUGAGAGGUAGAGACAGUAUAGCUUGGCUGGAUGCCAUGAGAGAUAGAGACAGUAUAGCUAGGGUGGAUGACAUGAGAGAAAGAGACAGCAUAGCUUGGCUGGAUGUCAUGAGAGAUAUAGAGACAGCUAUUUUUGUCUUAUGGUACCUCAUUGUUAAACACUAAUACAAUUAUUAAGAACUUGGAGAGCCAAACAUGUUAUGGCUGAAAUUCUGUAAGAGUCAUUGAUAAAUAUAUGUACAAGACAAAAUUAACUUUGUGGCUUAUUCAAAACCAAUUUGAAAUUUAAUUACAUUUUCCUUACGCUUUAUUUUUAUUCUUGGCAGAAAAAGGCCAAAUAAAACCAACAGUCCUGAAAGCAGCUUCCAAACUUAAAACUUCUUGCAAGUCUUACCUGGGAGAUGUCAACCUGACCACAAACAAGGCAACAGGAGGUACUGUUGCAGCUCUGACAGAUGUCAACCUGACCACAAACAAGGCACCAGGAGGUACUGUCACAGAUUUUAACAUUUAUUUUGUUUAAAUUUUUAGUUUGAUAACUUGUCUACAACAGUUUUUAACUACACAUUGUUGUGUUAGUUGUGAAUGACUUGGAGGCAGAAGUUAUUGGAGGCUGGGGGUCAAUGGCCAUGUCACUGUAUGACUCUGUCACUCAGUCUGUGACCAUGUAACUCAGUCUAUGACCCUGUCACUCAGUUUAUGACCCUGUCACUCAGUCUGUGACCAUGUCACCCAGUCUAUGACCAUGUCACUCAGUUUAUGACCCUGUCACUCAGUCUAUGACCCUGUCACUCAGUCUAUGACCCUGUCACUCAGUUUAUGACCCUGUCACUCAGUCUAUGACCCUGUCACUCAGUCUAUGACCCUGUCACUCAGUCUAUGACCCUGUCACCCAGUCUAUGACCAUGUCUCUCAGUUUAUGACCCUGUCACUCAGUCUAUGACCCUGUCACUCAGUCUAUGACCCUGUCACUCAGUCUAUGACCCUGUCACUCAGUCUAUGACCCUGUCACUCAGUUUAUGACCCUGUCACUCAGUUUAUGACCCUGUCACUCAGUCUAUGACCCUGUCACUCAGUCUAUGACCCUGUCACUCAGUCUAUGACCCUGUCACUCAGUCUAUGACCCUGUCACUCAGUCUAUGACCCUGUCACUCAGUCUAUGACCAUGUCACUCAGUCUAUGACCAUGUCACUCAGUCUAUGACCAUGUCACUCAGUCUAUGACCCUGUCACUCAGUCUAUGAUCAUGUCACUCAGUCUAUGACCAUGUCACUCAGUCUAUGAGCAUGUCACUCAGUCUAUGACCAUGUCACUCAGUCUAUGACCCUGUCACUCAGUCUAUGACCAUGUCACUCAGCCUAUGAGCAUGUCACUCAGUCUAUGACCCUGUCACUCAGUCUAUGACCCUGUCACUCAGUCUAUGACCAUGUCACUCAGUCUAUGACCCUGUCACUCAGUCUAUGACCCUGUCACUCAGUCUAUGACCAUGUCACUCAGCCUAUGAGCAUGUCACUCAGUCUAUGACCAUGUCACUCAGUCUAUGACCAUGUCACUCAGUCUAUGACCAUGUCACUCAGUCUAUGACCCUGUCACUCAGCCUAUGACCAUGUCACUCAGCCUAUGACCAUGUCACUCAGCCUAUGAGCAUGUCACUCAGUCUAUGACCAUGUCACUCAGUCUAUGACCCUGUCACUCAGUCUAUGACCAUGUCACUCAGUCUAUGAGCAUGUCACUCAGCCUAUGAGCAUGUCAUCCAUUCUGUUACCUUGUCACCAAAUCUGUGAUCACCACUCUAUGUUCAAGGGAGGUGUGGUGCUACUCAUGCUAUUUAUUUACACCAUGUUGUGUUGAUCAACAUUCUAUCUUGGGACUUUGGAGUUUUUAAGAAUGAUAUCCAACCAUUGAAGACAACAAUGAACUGUUUCACAUCCUUUCAAUUCAAAUAUUCUCAUUGGUGUUACCUGGUCUAGAAAAGGGUUUGAAAAUGCAAUCUUUUUUUUUGUAAUUGUUCAUUUUUUUAUUAAAUAUUUCCAUUAAAUUGGAAGCGUAUUCUUUCAAAAAUUUAAUUUAAAAAAAAAUCAAAGAUUGCGAUCUAAUUGUUUUUUCUUUAUCAAAGAUUGCCAUCUAAUUAUUUUUUAUCAAAGAUUGCGAUCUAAAUAUUUUUAUCAAUAAUUGCGAUCUAAUUAUUUUUUAUCAACGAUUUCCAUCUGAUUUUCAGUCCAAGAUGCAAGUUUUCAAGCUUCAACUUCAAGUUGGGAAACAUUAAAAGAACAUUACAGGAAAGAACGAGAGGCCUCAUACAAAUAUGAACAAUCUUUAACGUCUUUCUUGGAGGAUCCAAGCCUAUCAGGGGCUCAACAUGAGGCAGGGCCGGGAUUAUUUCCCUUUACCUCCAACAUCACACCCAUUACCUCCAACAUCACACCACUUACAAGGGCUCGGUCACAGGAAGUUGAUGAAAACUUGCCGAGGUCCCGGCAAUCUGGCCGAUCUGGCGAGGCUCAAGAUUCUAUUUUGCUGGGGACACCCAGGAUCACUGCAAGGCAUGUGGCAACAGCCAAUAACAUGUCAGCCAAGAUGAAAGGAUCACAGCCAAAACAAGAUCUGAGGACCACAGUGACAGAGAAACUCUCGACACCAUCACUCUCUGACAAGUUGAAGGACCUAGAAAACAUGAUGAUAGCAGAGAGGGAAGCCGAUAAGUUGUUUGAAAUGAAGCUCAAGGCGCUGCAUGAUGGACCUUUCAUCUGAACAAAGGGAAGAUUCAUCAGUGAACAACAUGAGACAUUUAUGGUUUCGGGGGUGGGGG